GAGGAGAAUGGCACCGAACCCAAUAGAGGACACCUUCACGAAUCUCCAUUCAACGACGCUCCGUUGUCCAUAUUUGUGUUCCUGGGUCGCCGUUGUCUCGAGGAAACCCCCUUCUUUUUUUUAACUUCUCCUCUUUUUGUCUUUGGGUUUUCCUCACUCUCUAGAUUCACGACACUCCUGCAUCUCAAGUCUUACACUGGGACUUGUCUAACAAUCCGUGUUAGUUUCGACCUCUGGAACUCUCACACGAACCUGCCUAGACGACCCUCCACAGCGCCAUUGGGCGCAAACCACACAUGAUGGCGCAACGAACAUUCUCGCCAUUGACAAUAGUCCUUGGCUGCGUCUUCUUCUUUUCCGCACACGUCUUUGCCGUCUCCGCCGUCCUCGGUGUUGACCUCGGCACCGAGUACAUCAAGGCUGCCCUCGUCAAGCCCGGUAUUCCUCUCGACAUUGUCCUGACCAAGGACUCGCGCCGCAAGGAAAUCUCCGCCGUCACCUUCAAGCCCCUCCAGGGCGGCCCCAAGUCCGGUUCCUACCCCGAGAGACUCUACGGCUCCGACGCCAUUGCCCUCUCCGCCCGCUUCCCUCACGAUGUCUAUCCCAACCUGAAGACACUCCUCGGUCUCUCCGUUGACGACCCGAUUGUCCAAGAAUACGCUGCCCGACACCCCGCCCUGCAGCUCGAGAAGAACGAAGCGCGAGGAACCGCUGCUUUCAAGAGCAAGGUCUUCACUGAGGAAGAGGAGGCAUGGCUGGUUGAGGAGCUCUUGGCCAUGGAGCUGCAGAGCAUCCAGAAGAACGCCGAGUCUGCUGCUGGAGCUGGUACCUCUGUCCGCUCCAUGGUCUUGACGGUCCCUCCUUACUUUACAACCGAGGAGAAGCGCGCGAUCCAGGCCGCCGCUGAUCUCGCCGGCCUCAAGGUUCUGAGCCUCAUCAGCGAUGGUCUUGCUGUCGGUCUCAACUACGCUACCUCCCGCCAGUUCCCCAACAUCAACGAGGGAGGCAAGCCCGAGUACCACCUGGUGUUCGACAUGGGUGCCGGCUCCUCCAAGGCUACCGUUAUGAAGUUCCAGGGCCGCACGGUCAAGGACGUUGGCAAGUUCAACAAGACCAUCCAGGAGGUUUCCGUUAUCGGCACUGGCUGGGACAGGACACUGGGCGGUGACGCGCUCAACUACCUCAUCGUUGACGACAUGGUCGCUCAAUUCGUCGAGUCCAAGGGCGGAAAGAAGAUCUCUGCCGAUGCCGCGAAGGUCAAGGCUCACGGCCGUGCCAUCGCGAAGUUGACCAAGGAGGCGGAGCGUUUGCGCCACGUCCUCAGCGCCAACCAGCAGGCCAGCGCAAGCUUCGAGGGACUCUACGAGGAUGUCGACUUCAAGUACAAGCUUACCCGUCCUGAUUUCGAGAAGAUGGCUGAGACUCACGCCUCGCGUGUUGACGCCGUCCUCCUUGGCGCUCUGAAGACUGCUCAGCUUGAGCUCUCUGACCUAACCUCUGUCAUUCUUCACGGCGGCGCUUCCCGAACCCCCUUUGUCCAGAAGCAGCUCGAGCAAAUCGUCGGCUCCACCGAGAAGCUUCGCAGCAACGUCAACUCGGAUGAGGCCGCCGUUUUCGGUGCCGGUUUCCGCGCUGCCGAGCUCAGCCCCAGCUUCCGUGUCAAGGAGAUUCGCAUUUCUGAGGGCGCCAACUACGCCUCUGGCAUGAAGUGGACCAACAACAAGAGCAAGCUUCAGCACCAGCGUCUGUGGUCCGCCGUCUCUCCCCAGGGCGGUGUCCCCAAGGACGUCACCUUCACCAACCACGAGGACUUUGAUGUCACUUUCUACCAACAGAUCGAGUCUGCCGAGAAGGAUACCAAGGUUUUCUCUACCAAGAACCUUACCGCCUCCGUCGCCGAGCUGAAGGAGAAGUACUCCUGCGUUGACAGCGAUAUUCACUUCAAGGUUGGCGUCAAGCUGAGCAGCGAGAGCGGCGAGGUUGAAGUCACCAAGGCUACCGUCGAGUGCGAGGCCGAGGCCCCCGAGAAGGAGGGCUUUGUUGAUGGCGUCAAGAACCUGUUCGGCUUUGGCAACAAGAAGGGAGACCAGAAGCCUCUUGAUGGAGAGGAAGACGACGAGUCUUCGACCACGGAAUCCGAGUCCUCCACCACCGCUUCGACCAAGACUGAGUCUACUACCGCCUCGUCCUCGCCCGUUCCCAGUGACGCUGCGGCUGAUGGCAAGGAGCCCGCCCCCAAGAAGAAGGAGCUCGUCACCAUCAACGUCGACUUCACCCUUGAGAAGGCCGGCCUGCCUGAGCUUUCCCGCGAUGAACUCGUCAAGUCCAAAGACCGCCUCAAGGCCUUUGAGGGAUCUGACAAGGCCCGCCGCCUGAGAGAGGAGGCCCUCAACCAGCUGGAAGGCUUCACCUACAAGGUUCGCGACCUCCUCGAGAGCGAGUCCUUCAUCGCCGCCUCUACUACCGAGGAGCGUGCCACUCUGGAGAAGAAGAACAGCGAGGCGAGCGACUGGCUGUACGAGGAGGGCGCCGACGCGUCACGCGACGAGCUCAAGAAGAAGUACAAGGGACUCCAUGACCCCGUUACUAAGAUCCAGAAGAGAAGCGAGGAGGCCGAGAAGCGUCCUGAGCUGGUCAAGGCUCUCAAGGAAGCCCUCAACUCCACCCAGACCUUUGUCGGCACAAUCAGGAAGCAGAUUGACGAGUACGAUGAGUGGCACGCCUCCGCAGCCACCGAGUCUUCCUCCAGCACCUCUACCGAGACUCCCUCAGCAACUCCCUCUGGCGACUUUGACGGUCUCGAGGACGAGGACUCCAAGGAGCGCACGAUGGAGGACGUCGUGAAGGAGAAGGGCCCCGUCCCGCCCCUGUACAAGCGCGAGGACAUUGAGGUCGUCGAGGACGUCUACGAGACCACCAACAAGUGGCUUAAGGAGAUGGAAAAGAAGCAAGACGCCCUCGCCGCGACUGCGGACCCCGUCCUCCUCGUCAAGGAUCUCCAGGCCAAGCGCGACAAGCUCGACAAGGCAGGCAUGGACCUGGCCAUGAAGGGCGUCAAGAACAUGGAGGGCAAGACCAAGAAGGCUAGCAAGGCGGCCAAGGCGGCUAAGAAGACAAAGUCCACUGCCACGGCCUCGACCUCCGCAACCGCCUCUCCCGAGGACGGCAAGAAGUCUACCACCACCAUCCCCUCCAAGAGCUCGACUGUUGGCGAGCCCCCCGCUGGCCGGACCGUGGAGCUUCCCGAUGGCGGAAGUUACGUCCAGUUUGGCGGCAGCGACGGUGACACGCCCAGCGAGGCGGAGAUUGAGGAGAUCCUCAAGAAGUUUGACCAGUCUCAGCAGGCCCAGCAGGCCGCUGCCAAGGAGCAGGAGGAUGCAUUGGAGCACGACGAGCUUUAGAGACACGUUGAUGGAUUGUAGAUUGGUGGGGGUGGGGCAACCAGAAGUGAAGUUUUUUUGCGCAUACCAUACCUAAGGCGUUUCUACAGAUGAAAUGGAAUUACAGACGAAAUCAAGACAACUGCCAAUUUUGCGUUUGAGAUCGCCAUGUGACAUUUCCCGUGCGCACUAACUAGCAG